AUGAGUGGAAUAUUCACAGAUCAAACAUUGGAUUGUUUAAUUCAAUUUAUGGCCUCUCAACACCUAGUUCCAUUGAAACAUGAAUUGACACCACAAACUGCUUUUCAUUUACUUUUACUCUAUUCUUAUGAUCAAUACAAAGAUGAAUAUGUGAAAUUUAAUUCAAAAUUGAAUGAAAGUGGACAUGGUGGAGAAUGGAUGAAUUCAACUCUUCAAUUACCACAACCUUACAAGUAUUAUGUUCAUGUUCCAGUAUAUUCCAAUCGUAGUAUUGAAACAACAUGUUCACUUUUUGAUAAAUUUGGUAAUAAGAGACAUUUCUUUACAUGUAGAACACAUGGACAACAAAACUUUAAUGAAUUUACAAGUGAUGGUAACACCCCUACUGGAUUAUACACCUUUGAUUUAAAUACACCUGAGGAUGAUCCAAAAGAAUAUGGUCCCUAUGAUGUCAAUAGAGCGGUCUAUGGUCUUAAAGGCAAUGCUUUCUAUAUUUAUCCAAAGAUUCGAAGUGGAAUUUUAUUACACACUGGUGAAUGGUCAAGCUAUCAUCCAAUGCCUAACAGUCAUGGUUGUAUUCAUGCUCAACCUCAAGAUAUUGAGAGAAUUGCUCAAAUUUUGAAAAAUGAUUUGGGAGUGGUAGCUCAUGAAAAUUUAUUUGGAAAGUACCCUUAUCCAUUCCAACAACAAGGUUUAUUAAGUGUUGUACAAUAUAGUCAUGAUGAUGAAUUGUAA